AGGAAAACAAGGCAAUGAGUUGUUAGAACAAUAUUAACAAGUCGUUAGGGAAACAAAGUAAUAGCAACUAAUAAUUGCAAGCUGUCUGGCAUAACAUAUCUUACAUAUACUAACCACUAUUAAAAGAAGAUAGGAUUUUCUGCAUGUCGCGUGCUAUUAAACAGCCAUCCGUUAGGGCCACAGGUUGUAAUGCCCAGACCGAAGGACCCCGCGCUGUCCGUUAUUUCCUGGUUGUCCGUUACUCCCUGGCUGUAGGUUCUAAAACUUUACGCUGCACAAUCCGAGAGGUGCCAAGGCAAGUUGAGAGACACUCAAACGGUAGGGGCCAUGGCCACCGUUGUAAGCUCUGAGGCUAUCAACGACGCUUUUGUCGUAUUUUGUGGAAUACUGGUUAUAUUCUUCAAAUUUGGAUUUACAUUCUUUGCAACUGGAAAGACAGCGGAACUAAGCUCUGCAAAUGUAUUGUUCCUUAGCGUGGCAGACAGUUUUAUUUCAUUGUUUGCUUACUGGCUGCAUGGAUACGCAUUUGCAUUUGGAGAUGGAUAUCGUUUUAUAGGGGCAAAGUAUUUUCUUACAUUGAAUAAUCCAAAAUUUUCCCAUUUCUUUUUCAACUAUGCUCGAUGUGCUGUGGCCACCAGCCUUGUAAUGGGAGCAAUUGUAGAGCGAGCAGAGCCUGUGGGUUACCUUGUAUCCAGCUACCUACUGUCAGGUUUUGUGCUUCCAGUUGCUUCACAUUGGUUUUGGCAUCCACAGGGACAUUUUUAUUUGCAUGGAUCUGCUUAUCCUGUUCAGGACUCAGCAGGCAGUGGUGUAGUGUUUGGAGUAGGUGCCACAGCAGCAAUGUGUGCCUGUUUCAUCAUCGGAAAAAGAAGUAAUGUUGGCCCUAAGUUACCAAGACAAGGACACAGCUUACCUUUCACAGUGCUUGGAGCUUGUAUACAAAUGAUCAGCUUUUUAGGUUUCACUAUUGGAGCUCAUGGCUAUUUUAUAGCUGAAGGAGAUGGGCAAAUCACAGGGCUUACAGCUGUGAACACACUGCUUGCAGGAUCAUCUGCAGGACUGUAUGGAAUGCUUUACCAGAGGCUACGAAAACAAAAGUACAGUGUACAGAUGUUGAUUGAUUCAUCACUUGCAGGAAUGGUUGCAGUUUGUGCAGGAGCCAGUAGUUACUUUCCAGGUCUGUCAUUAUUCUGUGGUGCAACAUCUGCUCUUGUCUUCACAGCAGUACAACAAUUGAUAAUAAAGCUGAAGUAUGAUGACCCUGUGAAUGUAAUUCCUAGUAAGUAA